AUGCCAAGGACCAUCACGUUUGAUAUCCCCUCGCAGUACCAGCUACAGGCUCUGGUCGGUGAGGGAGCCUACGGGACGGUAUGUUCCGCUAUACAUAAGCCUACAGGAAUUCGUGUUGCGAUCAAGAAGAUACAGCCCUUCAGCAAGGCGAUGUUUGUCACCAGAACCCUGAGAGAGAUCAAGUUGCUGAGAUACUUCCACGAUCAUGAGAAUAUCAUAAGCAUUCUAGACAAGAUAAAGCCCACGACCAUCGAUAAGAUGAACGCCGUGUAUCUGGUGCAAGAGCUGAUGGAGACAGACCUACAGAGGAUCAUUAACAAUCGUGCUGCCAGCCCUUUGAGUGACGAUCACAUCCAGUACUUCACAUAUCAAAUUUUGAGGGCUUUGAAAUCGAUUCACAGUGCACAAGUGAUCCAUAGAGACUUGAAGCCAUCCAAUCUGUUACUGAACUCCAAUUGUGAUUUGAAGGUCUGCGAUUUCGGGCUCUCAAGAUGCCUCGCCAGCAGCAGCGAUUCAAGGGAAACGUUGGUCGGGUUCAUGACCGAAUACGUCGCUACGCGGUGGUACAGGGCGCCCGAGAUCAUGCUUACCUUUCAGGAAUAUACUACAGCCAUUGACAUCUGGUCGUGUGGAUGCAUCCUAGCGGAACUGGUUUCUGGCAAACCUUUGUUUCCCGGUAGAGAUUAUCAUCACCAACUCUGGCUGAUACUUGAAGUUACGGGUACGCCGUCCUAUGAAGACGUGGAAUGCAUCAAAUCAACGAGAGCCAAAGAGUACAUUGCCAACCUGCCCACGAAACACAAGAUGCCGUGGGAGAUUGCGCUGGGUAGGCAACAUUUGGACCCGCAAAUGGUAGACCUACUAGACAAAAUGCUGACUUUCAACCCAAACAAGCGAAUAAGCGCCGCAGAAGCACUCAGCCAUCCAUAUUUAUCAACCUAUCAUGAUCCAGAUGACGAGCCUGAGUAUCCCCCACUGGAUCUGGAAGAUGAGUUUUGGAAAAUUGACAAUGAGAUCAAGAAACCCAACGAUGAGUCUGAGACUUCUAUGGGAGAGCUCAAACAGAUGCUUUACGAUGAAAUAAUGAAACCCUUGGUAUAA